AUGGAACCAACAUAUCUCCCACUCGAUGUUGAACUUGUCAAUAAAUCUAAAAAGGGGAAUCAGAAUGACGAAGGUAGCGGGAGUUUUGGUCCGGUGGUCAUGGUUGAUCUGUCGAUCAAGGAAGAUGGGAAUGCAAGCAGCCACGGUGGCUCGAUGAUGGCAAUCAAUCGAGAAAGGGCGAAUGCACAUAAUCUUGCACAGGAGAAUGGUGUAAAUGAUUUCCUUCCUCUUGGAAACUUAGAGAAAGCUGUAAAAGAAAUUGUUGAUCAGCCACUUCCACUUGUUGAUGGGAUUGAAGAUCAGCUUGUGGAGUUUUCAGAAGCCAUGAGAACUGUUGGCAAGGUUUUAAGAGAAGCAGCAGAAGCUAAGGCUGCUGCUCAAGCUGAGGCUACAGAAUGGAAACACAAAUAUGAAUUCGGAAGAGAAAAGAAUAUGCAAUUGGAACAAAAAUAA